UGAAAGCCUCCAAAUUUUCAAAAGUCCCAAAUUCUCCCCAUUUCAUUUGGCUUUCCUUCAUAAUCUUCCUAACACACCCUAAUCGACGACCGAUCUGUUUUUGCUUCUCCCCUAGAAUGAAACGAAUGCGAGUGAUUCCACACACUACCUUUGGCGCUGACCCAAAUACACGUCGUAUCCAACCUAUGAUGUUCCCCAUACGCGAUUACAAUCUCGAGCAGCACUUCCGUCAACACCACCAACACCAACACCUCCACCCCACCACCACAAUCUUCACACCCACUGUGCCUCUACACUGCUUCCUCUCGUUUCUCAUCUCAUCCCCUACUUAUUGCUACCGGUCCUCCCCUCUUCUGUGAUAGAUUUGUCAGUCGUCUGCAAACUCCUCUACCCUGCUCCAUCGGCUCUCUAUAGCGCUUCAUCGGCGCCGCCUCCACUCCGGCUCCCAUGCAUUACCUAAAAUCGGCUUGACAUGUGUCUGCUUCGUCAUCUCUCUCUAGCAACAAAUAACAGUCAAGUUCCAUGGCUUUUGAAAAAAAUAAAUAAGAGAAAUGGUGUUUUUAGAGCCAGGAAGGUGAAGCAGUAUUAUCGAGGUGGAUCUGCUCUACUUCAGGGAUGGGUUGUCGAUAUCAAGACCACGAGGAAGGGUGAAGAGCAAGUGAUUGAUGGUAACAAACUUUCCCUUUUGUGAUUUUGCUUCUGACUCUUUGGGAAAACUUAAAAGAUUCGUUUAUGAAAGGGACUAAUAGGGAUUGUUUAAAAAUGAAAUUUUUACUUAAUAUUUUUGGGUUGUUUAAAAAUGAAACUUUUACUUAGUAUUUUUGGGACAUUACAAAUUAGAAAUUAUACUAAAAGGUUGUCUUCAAAAGUUUGCAUUAGACUCAUUUUGUAGUAGUGAGAAAACCUACAAAUUACAAUUGUGUUGAUGUUUUACCACUUUUUUUAUUAUUAUUUUCCCC